UUACGAGUCAAGGUUGAUUUUGAUACAUUACUCAACGGUAGAAGAACAUAGUACACGGCUUGGAUUUACUUGGACAGAAUAGUAGUCUGCUACACUUAAGUACAUUGGUUGCUACACAGGGUUGGCAGGGAAAUACCAGUGCUGGGAAUUACCGGUGGUAAAUACCGGUAUUUUCACGUCCUGUAAUGAUGCCUGUAUUUCAACAAGUCGUUCUAGGAAUUUUUCCAAUUGUUUUCAUCAAUCUCGUCGGGGCAGUAAGGUUCAGUUGUUCAUCCAACCCAAAAUGCACCUGUUAUAAAGAGGCAGGACUUCUUUUUGCGGAUUGUGAAAACUUGGACCUAAUUAGAGUCCCAUCAUUUAACGCUGAUGUAGGUGCCAUCAAUCUUGCAAACAACAGGAUUACUAAAUUCCCGGCAAACCUUCCAAGGAACAUUGUUCAUCUCGAUAUCUCUGAGAACAGCCUUGAAUACAUUGGAAAAACGGAUUUAGCGAACUACUCAAAAUUACAAAAUUUAACCGUAUCCAAAAACAUUCUUCUUUCGAUUGAAUCAGGUUCUUUUGCGAAUUCAAGUAGUCUGGUUAAUCUUGAUUUAUCAAAGAAUGAAGAGCUAACAAUAAAGGUUCUUGGUAAUGUGUCUCAUGACUUUAGAUCCUCCUCCUCUCUCCGCAUUCUAAAUUUAGAAAAACUGCAGUGUACAUAUGGUGUAAAUUUCAUCAUUCGGAAAUUUGAUAUAGCAGGUCUUAGGACAACUCAGUUGGAGGUUUUAAAUUUAGCUUCAAACAGAAUUAAUAGUUUGGAAUUUGGAGUUCUAUCAAUAUUACCAAAAUCACUUAAAUACCUUAAUCUAUCAAACAAUGUUCUGAGUUUUGGAUUGUAUUUAGCAGAGUUUGGAAGCUUACAUAGUAUUCGUAGUGUUGAUGCAAGUUUUCAACAAUAUUUCCACCAAAUAAAACUUAAAGAUUUUUUUAUUGAUUGCAAUGAUACACGUAGGAGUCCGACAUGUAAAUCUAAUAAAUUAAACGAGUAUAGUGAGGAAUUAAAUAUAAUUAAACGAAAUUAUUAUUCAUCAGCACCAAAUAUUACCAUAUACCUUCCGCCUAAGUUAAAAGUGUUAUAUUUUCACGACAACUUGUAUAAAAUGACAAUCCAAGACUUCACCUUUAAAACAGUUAGUCCAACAAGGUUGACCCAUUUGUAUUUACAGAAUAGCAUCAUUUAUGAAUUAAAUGGUCCUAUAUUGGGUAUAAACAGUGUCAAGUACCUUGAUUUGUCUAACAAUUUCUGCAGAUAUAUAUCUAACCAUUUCUUUGACGGGAUUCAAAACGUCUCUUACCUUGAUCUUUCAAAGAAUGCUCUAGGAGAAGUUCUGGGCAGUGACCAUCACGGUCAAAUAUUUCGGAACUUGGCCAAUUUGACAGUCUUAAAAUUAGCUAGGAACAGAAUAACUCAACUUCCGUCCGCCAUCUUCCGUAACCUUUAUAAACUAGAAAUACUUAAUCUCAGCUACAACUCCCUCAGUGAAUUUUCAGCUUCUCUGGAAAAUAUGAAACGUCUGAAGUUGUUGGACCUCUCCAAUAACCAAUUAUCGUCUUUAAAUGCUAAAACGCGAAACACAAUCGACUUUCUUUCCAAAACUCAAAAACUGUUCGUUAACUUAGGACAUAAUAAAUGGAUGUGUAAUUGUGAGAAUUUGGAAUUCCUGCAAUGGAUGCAGUUCUCCAAAAAUGUGGUAUUUUUUGAUUUGGAUAAUUUUAUUUGUACAUAUGAGAAAACUCGGUUUAGGUUUUCGGAUAUUGAUAAAUUGCUGCAAGACUUGGAAAAGCAAUGCAGUUCAUACAUUAUCACUAUAGUAAUAAUGACGUCACUUAUAAUUGUCUUCAUAACGACCACUUUCUGGCGCAUUUUGUACAGAUACAGGUGGAAACUUCGGUAUAUGUAUUACGUAGCAAGAGAAAAAUACCGAGAUAAUGUUCAAAGACCAGACAACACAGGAAACAGUGCAUAUUAUUUUGAUGCCUUUGUGUCAUAUGCCGACAAAGAUAGGCGUUUUGUGAUCGAACUCGUGAAGCGACUGGAAACAGACCACAAUUUGAAACUUUGUAUACACCAUCGUGACUUUAUUCCUGGAACAGGUGUUGCUGAUAAUAUCACUAACGCCAUUCAUAACAGCAGAAGAACUGUGGCAAUUAUGACGUCACACUUCUUGGAAUCCUAUUGGUGUAUGUUUGAACUGAAUAUGGCGCGAAUGGAAGAAAUAUACUCGAGAAACGGCGAAAAUGUUUCAUUUUUAGUGGUGUUAGAAAAAUUAGCUAUAGCGAAAAUUCCAUUUUCUUUCAUGGAUCUGAUUGAGAACCGAUCCUACCUAGAAUAUCCUGAAAAUGAAGAUAAUGAUGAAGUUUCAGCUUUUCGCUCGAAACUCGCAGGAACAUUGAGGAUGCGUGAAUCCGACUUCAGAACAUCAUCUUCCAUUACAACUCAGCUUGAAUAAAAAUAUUGUUUAGAACUUAUUUAACAUUUUUUAAAUCACAGCUUAAAGCAAUAUGACUUUUUUAAAAUUUUAUUUUGCUGUAGAAACCUGUAUGAUUAGUCUGCAUGUAUCUUCAACUUUUAUGAUAAAUACGAUUUGAAGAAAUCAUUUCUCAUGAUGAAUUUACAGUUCUUGUAAAAGACGAUUAUAAUUCAAUUUUGCUAACAAUUAAGGCUUCUUUACUGCAUAUCUCACAAAAAAUAUAGCUAACAGAAAUUAGCAUAUUGCUUUCAUGUGUUUGGGUCUAUAUUUAUCCCUCAUUAAUCUAAUUUGUACAACCAUCUAAAUUUUUUUGCUUCCGAGCAUAAGAAAUUGUUCUAUGUAAGUGUUUGAUUACAGUAAGAAAUUUGUGGGCUAAUGAUAUUAUGAAAAUACUUUUUAACAUCUCAACUAUAAUCAAUAAUAAAACAAAUAUGAAUAACAAACAUCCUCAAAUUAACAUAUUCGUGUGUUUAGUCUUACCGUAAUUUAACAUGUUAUUUUUUAUAAAAACUCGUUGACAAGUUAUUUUCCAGUGUUUUUCCAGUUAAGGGAAAAUCAAUUGCGUUGUUGCGCAAAAAUAUUACCAAAUCAUGUUUUGUAUAAUAUUGUAAUAUGCUUUUUUUAAUCUUUACUUAUUAAUCAGAUUUACUGCUAUUUCAUAUUUUACAAUAUAUCUCUGACAUAUUGAAUUUGUACAAUGUGAUCAUUUUUUAAUUUUUUUUGGUGGCUAUAUAAGUAGAGUGAUCAAGUGUUCAUAAUGUUGUAGGCAACUGUAUAACAUGAACAAAUGUCUUGCAUGUGAUAUGUGAUAUUGACAAGGGACAAAUAAGUGUUACAUUUUAUACUGCCAAAAUGCAUUGUUAUUUGUAAUGCAAUAUGUCGUGUAAUUAAUUAAUAUUUAAUCAUAGAUAACCGCUAUUAUCAUUUACCGAUUUUAAUUAUCGACUGCCCAGUUUCAUUUGAUAUAUAAGAAUUUGUGUUUAUAUUAUGUUAUUCAGUUUGUUGAAAUAUAGCUGAGGUUUAAACACAUUUUUAUUUAUAAUUAACAUUAGGUUUUAUUCAUUAAAUCAAGUGUUCAAUUCUAUUCUUAAAUUUAUUUUUGUAAUUCGAAAAUCAUUUUUUGAAGCUUACCUAAGCUGAAAACUCAAGUGAGCUAUUCUGAUCGCAUAUUGUCCGUCAUCCGUCUGUCCGUCUGUAAAUUUUUUCACAUUUUGAACUUCUUCUCUAAAACUGCUUGGCCAAUUUAAACCAAAUUUGGCACAGAACACCCUUAUGGUAAGGCAAAUAUAAAUUGCAGAAAUGAAAGACUGAUUUCUAUUCAAAGCGGAGAAAACCUGAAAACUGUAGAAAAAGGGAGUGCAUUUUUAAAAA